AUGGCUCCCGUAGGUCUUGCGAUAUUGAUUGGCGCAGGUCCGGCAACGCCAACUGAUUGCAGUCAGGGCGCUGGCAUUGCUCGCAUCUUAGCCCACCCGUCUCAUGGCAACCUUGCGGUAGCACUGCUCGCCAGACGGCAAGAGGUGCUCAACGACCUUGCGAAAGACCUGAGGUCUCAGACGCCAAAUGGCGUUUUCGAAACCUUUGCGACAGACACCUCUAAGGAGGGCCUUAACAAGGCCUUCGCCGACAUCGAAGCUCACGAGUCGUUCAAGGACUUAAAGCUUCGCAUGGCAAUCUUCUCGAUCAAGAAUUCUUCCAAAAAGCCCUUCAUGUCCGAGACGUUCGAGGAUUUCAUGGAUCCGUUGCAAACCUAUGUCGGUGGCGCCAUGUUGUUUUCGCAGCUCUCACUCAAGCGUUUCUUCCACGACCACGGUGAGAAGACGCUCGCGGAGGGCGCCGAGAAAAAGGGCACGCUUAUCUUCACUGGUACGCUCGGAGCACUACGGUGCAAUGCUGAGUUUGCGAGUUACGGCGCAUCGAGAGCGUCGGUACGGCAAUUAGCGCAAGCUCUUGCCAAGGAGAUGAGCGCCAAAGGUGUCCACGUAGCCCAUGCAAUAGCGAAUGGCAGAAUCUCAGACGCAGACUCCGAAGAAACACGGAGUGGCAAGCACAUCGCUGCAGAGGCGGUUGGUAAGACGUAUUUGUGGCUUCACGAGCAGCAUCCCACACUAUGGACGCAUGAGCUCGAUCUACGCCCAGCACAGGAAAAGUUCUAGCCUAUGUAAUCGUACGGACGGAGUUCUGCCGACUGUUAAGCGAACACGGCGUUGAAGCGCAGACGAAUGCCGUCCCGAGUGCCUGACAUUAAGGUGAUGCCGGUACCGCACAGGACU